UUCCUGUCAGAAGUUUCGUUUGAACUUUCUGCGUAGUAUAAUCUAAACAGCAUAAGUUGCCUAAAUAUAAAUGUGAAGACUGGAAAUAAACUUUAAUAUAGAAUAUUAGAAUUGGUAUUGCAAUGGAAAAAAAAUGCUUGUGAAUGAAUCACUUAAUUAGGGCAAGCCCACGUGACUGCAGGUUAGUCCUCCGGUCAUAAGAACAGGUGGUCGCAGUGAGCUGAAGUACAGAUCAAACGGCUACUAGAAUACACACACACUGCUAAAGAGAGUUCUUUUUCUUUUAUGAUUGAUGCAGUCCACAAGUUGUUAGGCACAGAAAUCUUGUCAUAAAUGAAAGUGAGCUAAAGUUAAAGUCCAGUUGUUUUCCACUUGGCGCGCGCGCGUGUGAGAUCAUGAAGGUGGAGGAAGAUGUGCGGAGCGGUGGAGCGGUGACCGGUGCUCGGGCCAGCAGUGACUGCUGUAUCACCAGACUGCUGAGCGUCGUGGAGAGCGAGUUACAGGCCGGCCGAGAGAAGGGGGACCCCACUGAGAAACAGCUCAAAGUCACCCUGGAAGAUGCUGAACUCUGGAGGAAAUUCAAAGAAGUCACCAAUGAGAUGAUAGUGACGAAGAACGGCAGGAGGAUGUUUCCCGUUCUGAAGGUCUGCGUGACGGGUCUGGAUCCCAACGCCAUGUAUUCGUUCCUGUUGGACUUCAGCCCUGCAGACGGGCACCGCUGGAAGUACGUAAACGGCGAGUGGGUCCCUGCGGGCAAACCUGAGCCUCACAGUCACAGUGGUGUCUACAUCCACCCCGACUCCCCCAACUUCGGUGCCCACUGGAUGAAAGCUCCAGUGUCCUUCAACAAAGUCAAACUGACCAACAAACUCAACGGAGGAGGCCAGAUCAUGCUGAAUUCUCUCCAUAAGUACGAACCCCAAAUUCACAUUGUUCGUGUAGGAGGAAGCCACAGGAUGGUGACCAACAUCUCUUUCACAGACACUCAGUUCAUCGCUGUAACAGCCUACCAGAAUGAGGAGAUAACUGCACUGAAGAUAAAACACAAUCCCUUUGCCAAAGCUUUCCUCGAUGCAAAGGAAAGGAGCCAUCCUAAGAAUCAUCUAGAACCUCCAGCUGAAAACCAGCAUGUGGGCAUACCACACUGCGGAUGGUUCAUAUCAAACCCAGACACUCUCUGUUCUAGUGGUGGCAACUUUCCGUACCCAGGAGGUUUACCGCUUACUCCCCACCAUGGGUACAAACACUACCCAAGUCUGCACGGGCACCGAGCAGCCCCGUACCCAUCGCCCUACCUGCCCCGCCAUCAUCACCACCCCCACCACCGGGGCCAUAACUCAGUGUCUCUAUCUGAGAAUCUGAGUCCAGGUGCUGUGCAGAUGUUCUCUGGUCACGAGAGCUGGACAGGUGUGUCUCCUCCUGGCCCUGCUGCGAUGCUGUCUGUGCCUCCUGCUCCAAGCUCACCCGGAGCCAGCAGUCAGUAUCCAUGCCUGUGGACUGUGAGCAGUUGCACUGUAUCCUCCAGUCCUCCAGGGGGCAUUGUGAGCGCCACACACAGCCAGGAGGAGCCUGCAGGUGGUGGCUCCACUUCUACAUCACCCUGCUCCUUACUGCAGGGACACGGACCAACCAGCUCCGAGAGUGGUGUAGAUCAAGCCAAUCACAGUAGGGUAGGCGGGAUGAGCUGGUCUUCUGUCACCACCCACUCAUUUUGAGUGCUCUCAUUAAAUAGCAAAGAACCAGGUGUACGUACAUGAUAUUUGAUGAAUAGAGUGUACAGCUGGUUUUGAAGUGUUAAUAGAGUGCAAAAGUGCACCACUUUUUUAGCGGUGUUGGUUCCGGAAGUAAU